ACCAAGUUACGUCAUUGUGACGACCUCGAGAUAAUCCGUCCCACGUUGGCUCGCCGAUAAGACAGGGCAGCCUUACAGAGAACUGCUCAGUUGUGCACAUCUGUCUGUUGUAGAAACAUUAGGUUGCAAACGAUAGGAAGUCGCUAGAAGCAAGAAGGCGUUCAUGUAUACCGUAUCUGAGAUGGAUUCUCCCAGCCGUGUGCAACAUGCUGGAUCUUGUCAUACUUACGGCUUGUCUGCUAGUUCGGCCAACGUAUCACUGACCACUAGAGCGGUGGCGUUACCCGCAGCCUCGUGUCGGAUCUCGAGCUCGGGCGCCCCGCAGAUCAGCGUGACAAUGGACGUGAGUCGAGGACACCACACACCGACAAUGUACACCGACGGGCUAUUGAGCAGAUUCGGCUACGAGCCCCGAGCUCGUCAUUCGCAAGUGGGCGAUUUGGAUUACCUCGUCAGGAUGUUAUGCGACAACUUUACGUACGAGCGUGAACGAGUCGGCAUGGAGCAAGAUCCAAUGAAGUGGUCUGUUUCCGAAGUUCAGAUCUGGCUGGCCUGGGCUAUACACGAAUUUCACUUGGAACGCAUCGAACGAGACAACUUCAGAGUAGACGGUCCAACUUUGUGUGCGAUGUCGCAACAAGAUUUUCUCAGGCGGACUCCACAGUUUAUGGGAGAUAUUUUGUAUGCGCACAUCCAGCACCUUCGCUCAGCAAGCGCUUCAUCUGUUAGUCAACCAUACAGCAGUGCUGAUGAGAUAGAUCAACUGGUACAAACGUUGGUUCCUGAAAUCACAGUUAGUGCACACUCUGCUGCUGUGGGCGGUCAGUUGCAACCUCCAGCACCAUCUUACAGUCCCGAGACACCACCCAAGUCUCCAUCCAAUGAUGAUCUAUUACAGUAUGAAGACAGGUCAUCUCCAUCCACAGCAACCAGAACAAAUCUUCUUCCUCCUCCUUACAGACAAGUUCCUAGCCCUACUUCAUGUGGUAGCUCUUGUCAAUCUGGGCUCAGCUCACCUCGAGUCUCACCGUGUGCAUCUCCAGCUCCCCCUGGUCCUUCUAUGUCGGUACAGGCUGCUAUGACUGCUGCGUACACAGAAAGUAGUGGUCCGAUUCAACUUUGGCAAUUUCUUUUGGAACUCUUGACUGACAAAAAGAACAUGGACUGUAUUGUGUGGACAGGACGGGAAUGGGAAUUCAAACUGACUGAUCCUGAACUGGUUGCUCAGAGAUGGGGAAAGCGGAAAAACAAACCCAAGAUGAAUUACGAGAAGCUUAGUAGAGGACUUCGAUAUUAUUAUGACAAAAACAUCAUCCACAAAGUUCCAGGGAAACGUUACGUUUACAAGUUUGUUUGUGAUCUGGAAUCACUACUAGGAUGUUCAGCAGCAGAGCUGCAAGCUCGAUACAACAGUGAUGUAGUGAACAUGUUCUCCCACCAGCAAUUGCAACAGCCUUUAUCUUCUUAUAGCUACACCACCUCCCUUCCCUCAGUACCUAUGAACAGUCAUCCUUACUCAUCUUACUGGCAACCUUCAUGUCAGACUUCAUCUUUCCCAGCCACUUACUACGCAUGACCUGCUGGUAAACUCUAUGAAGACAAGGGCUUUUCUUUUGAGAAACCAUGGCCGGAUUGAUGUUUCAGUUACAGUGUAUAUCAAAGUGAAAGAUUAUUAUGUCUUUAAUACUAGUGAAGCUUGUUUUUUCACAACAGACUAUUAUUAUAGAGUUUGGAGAGGUCCUGACUGAGCUGUCACCUUGGUGACUUAAUUAAGUUUCAACUGAAUAGUUGGUUCAGUUUCAUUUUCAUUUCUGAGCCCAGAGGGCAGAUUCAGGGAAGUUGUAUGUACUACAUGUAUAUAUGUAUAUGGGCAGAUUUGUUACAAAGAGCAAGAUGUAUAGCUGCAUGCAUGCAGGUGCUGCACACCCACAUUAAUUUAAGUUAAAUAAAAUCAUUGAACGCGUGUACACGUACAAAA